GGAAUGUUUUUGCUGUGUCACCCGCAGCCGAGCUGUGCUUCGCAGUCCAGAUUGUGAUGGAUUUACACUGUAUAUGAGGCAAUAAGAGAGCGUAGAACAUUCAUCUCGUCCAUGGCAUCUUUGUGGACAAAAAUCUCAGCCACCCUGCCUCCUAAUAAAGAACAGUUUCCGCUGCAGUUUAGUGAUAAAGUGGUGUUAAGCGUGGUGGAGAUGCUGGAACGGGCCCGGCAGCAGCUGUACGUCGACACGUCGAGCGCCAGCCGAAUUCUCACUGCUCAGAUCAUUUUGGACUAUUCAUGGGAGAGACUUAACAUGGGAACAUGGCGCCAUGUGGACAAAGAGUGGAGGCGGGUUUACUCGUAUGGCUGCCUGUUCAAAGCAGCCGCGAUCUGUCGAGGAAGUCCAUCAGAGGAGGAGAUCUUGCAGGCCAUCAGGACAUGUGACAUGGGUUUGCUGAUGGGUGCGGCCAUCAUGGAAAAUAUACUUCAGGUCAUCGUUCGAAUUCUGCAAAGGGAAAUAAGGACAUUGGCUAAAGAAGAAGAUAAUCAUGAAAACAUCGAGGCAAAGAAAAGGAAGAUUGCAAGCCCACAUGUUGGUCUAAUCAAAGACGAGUUGUCAGUUCCCAGAAUUAAGUGUCCUUCACUGGAAAGCUUCAAUGCAAACUACCUCCUUCCCCUCAAACCAGUGAUUUUAGAGGGGAUAACUGACCACUGGCCUGCCCUCAACAACCAUCCCUGGAGCAUCGAGUACCUGAGGUCCGUGGCCGGCUGCCGGACAGUUCCCGUCGAGGUGGGCUCCCGUUAUACAGACGAGGACUGGUCACAAACACUGCUUACCGUCAAUGAGUUCAUCGACAAAUACAUUUUGAAUAAAGUUCAAGAGUCUGAGAGUGAUCACAAAGCUGUGGGUUAUCUCGCUCAACAUCAGCUUUUUGAUCAGAUCCCAGAAUUAAAGGAAGACAUUCGCAUCCCGGAUUAUUGCUGUCUUGGUGAAGGAGAUGAAGAUGACAUCACUGUAAAUGCGUGGUUUGGACCCAAGGGUACGGUAUCUCCUCUUCACCAAGAUCCCCAGCAGAACUUCUUGGCUCAGGUAGUGGGAAACAAAUACAUACGGCUGUAUUCCCCAGAGGACACAGAGAAGCUUUAUCCUCACGAAUCCCAGCUUCUUCACAACACCAGUCAGGUGGAGGUGGAGAGUCCAGAUGCUGAACGCUUCCCUGAGUUUGUGAAGGCACCGUACCUCGAAUGUGUCUUACAGCCUGGAGACGUGCUAUUCAUCCCUGUCAAAUACUGGCACUAUGUCCGAUCUUUAGAAAUCAGCUUCUCCGUCAGCUUCUGGUGGUCAUGACUUUAUUUCAUAAUAAAACACGUUUACUCUCAAUUUCACUAAGAGUUUUUACCCAAUGGGAGGCUAAUUUCCUAUAAUGCUACAUCAGACAAACCUUUGAACACUGAACACACACUGCUGAAUGACUAGAGUCAUUUUAGUUGCUGAUGACUGAGACAACAUUUACUGUGUGCAAAGCUAAAUGCUGCACAAACUAACCAAAAAUCCUACAGUUAUUAGUCAGCUGAAUUGAUAUUAUUCUCUUUGGAAAUUGGCUUAUUUAAUUGUCUACUCCACCUCAUUCAUCCAAAUAUCCUACAACGUGUGAUUUCCAUAAUUCUAGGAAAAUGAGACAAGUCCUCAAAUUUAAUAACCGAGCGAGCUACAGGUACAGAACAGUUGUAACUCUGAAUAAACCGACAGUCGGAGGCAAUCAAGCAGGUCACAGAAGGAAAUGAUUGAAAUAAAUGAACCAAUCUCUUGGGCAUACACAGACUCCGAAAUUAAAACAGCCUCACUGGAUAAAAGCCCUUAUAGUGAAAACUCAUUCUCUCGCAUCUAAAAACACAAUAACUGACAACACAGAGCGCAUGCUGCGCUUUUCAAGGCCCCAGUCGUGUAUGCUGCAAGUCCAUUUCAAUCAGAUCCACCUAUUAGGACUGUGAGGAAGUGGCAAAAUGAAGCAGAUAAGCCCCCGUGUGCACAUUUGUUCAAGUUAUCAACCAAAGGUGCGGCAGGCUGAAGUGGUGCUUCGGGAAAUCAAGCUGGUGUUCGUCGGGUGGAGCUGAAGGGCUGUGGGGACGCUCAAUUAAAACAAACGCUCAAUAAACACAAACAAGAAUCAUA